AUGGUCCAGCGCAACAGCGGCAACUCAUCGUGUAUCAUCACGCAUGAGUGGAAAACACGCGCAUCCCGGGUCAGGCGGAGUCCUGAGCACUGGAUACUGCCCGCAUUGCGCAUCCCGAGAGAGCGAGAGCGAGGGAGCGAGACAGACGCACACACACUGAACACGCUAAACUGGUUCGAGGUGAAGAGAAGGGAAGAGAAGAAAAAACCUUUCGAACAACGGCAGCCGUAGCCGCAGCAGCAGCCGCAGCAGCCGCAGCAGCAGCACCAGCAGCAGCAGCAAGGUUUUUGGCGGACGGGCGUUCGAGAGAGGAGACAGCGAACUCGACUACAGCAGCCGUGGUUGGCGCUGA